UUGGUCCUUAUAAAUGGAGAUCCAAGUAAUCAUUCAACUGUUAUAAAUAGCCUAGCGAUUUGUGUAUUCAUGAAUACGACGGCGCCAACCUCGGCAGAUGCAUGCCUAAGCAUUGUCCAUUCACUAAUGUGCCAUAGGCAGGGUGGUGAGAGUGAAGGCUUUUCAAAACGGGCUAUUGAGUCACUAGUCAAGAAGUUGAAGGAAAAGAGAGAUGAGCUUGAUUCUUUGAUCACAGCUAUCACCACAAACGGUGCCCAUCCCAGUAAAUGUGUUACUAUACAGAGAACUCUAGACGGUCGAUUACAGGUUGCGGGAAGGAAAGGAUUUCCCCAUGUGAUAUAUGCUCGUAUAUGGCGCUGGCCCGAUCUACAUAAGAAUGAGUUGAAACAUGUUAAAUUCUGUCAGUUUGCUUUCGAUCUGAAAUGUGACUCGGUGUGUGUGAAUCCAUACCAUUAUGAAAGAGUUGUAUCUCCAGGUAUUGAUCUUUCUGGACUGACUCUGCAGUCGGGUCCUAGUAGGUUAGUAAAAGAUGAGUACACAGCUGGUCUAAGUGGGAACGGAAUGGAUAUGGAUACAGGAGAACUUGUAACAAUCCAGCACCAUGCCACAAGCCCCCGACAUCAUCACUCCACCAUUCCCCACCACCACCAACAGUUCCAGACCUCUAACAUCAUAAUAAAUCAAGGACAAACGCCAGAUGGCGUUGCCAAUAUGUUUUCUGCUACUCAUGGACCUCGACCGCAAAUUCGAGCCGGAGCACCUAUGGUUCCACAAAUGGUACAUUCGCCAGGGGCGCAAAUGAUGACUAAUCAUCAGGGACAAAUGACAGGCGGACCUCAAAUGGGCCCGGGAAACCCACAAAUGGGUCCCGUUAACCCACAAAUGGGGCCUGGGACGCCACAAAUGGGUCCAGGCACUCCUCAAAUGGGGCCGGGAACUCCACAAAUGGGUACAAACGUUCCACAAAUGGCUUCACCAAGAAUGGCGUCAGCUCCCACCCAAAUGUCCCCAGGGACCCCACAAAUACCAAAUAUAAGUCAGGGAAUGUCAAUACCAAGCCCACAACAAAUGGCAAUGGCACAACAAAGAACUAUAGCCCCAAAACUAGAACCGCCCGAUGCUAUGGAUGCAAGAGCUAUGUGGCUGCCAAAGAGAAUGAAUCAUUCUUCAAUGCCUGUUAGUAUGUCUCCUGGCGGGACGACGCCGUUAAUAGACGGCUCCAAUAAUGCAUUCUUUACUAACGAGCAGACUUCUACAGAUACUCAGAUGACACAGACUAUGCCAGCCGGAAGUCAAUCGGUGUCAGCCGUGGUGCCAGUGACGUCAUCAGCUAUGCCAAGUGAAGCCCAGAAUGGCUUUGCUGCGACCAGCCCACCACCACAACCCAGUCCUAUACCACACCGCACACAACAUCAACAAGGCACUUGGACCGGGAACAACACCUUGACUUAUACACAAAGCCUGGCGCCGCCGCCCGCCGCUCCUAUGCAGGAUGUACCUACACACCACCAUCACUACUAUAAUGGAAACCCAGGUGGUUUAUUGUCAAGCCAGCCAGCACCUGAAUAUUGGUGUUCGGUGGCUUACUUUGAACUGGAUACUCAAGUGGGGGAAACAUUCAAAGUGCCAUCAAGCAGACCAAAUGUUACUGUUGAUGGUUAUGUGGAUCCAUCGGGUGGCAACAGAUUCUGUUUGGGAGCUCUCAGCAAUGUACACCGAACAGAACAGAGUGAAAGGGCUCGACUUCACAUCGGCAAAGGUGUACAGUUGGAUCUCCGUGGUGAAGGAGAUGUGUGGCUGAGAUGUCUCUCGGAUCAUUCGGUGUUUGUGCAGUCCUACUACCUGGAUAGAGAGGCCGGCCGGGCUCCAGGAGACGCCGUACAUAAGAUAUACCCAUCAGCAUGUAUUAAGGUGUUUGAUCUCCGUCAGUGUCAUCGUCAGAUGCAGACGCAGGCGGCCACAGCGCAGGCGGCGGCGGCAGCGCAGGCUGCAGCUGUUGCAGGACACAUACAGCCAGCACACCCGGGAAUGAACAAAUGUUUGUCAGCGGCGGCUGGUAUUGGCGUGGAUGAUCUCCGGAGGCUAUGUAUAGUCCGUUUAUCGUUCGUGAAGGGCUGGGGGCCCGACUACCCUCGCACUUCCAUCAAGGAGACGCCCUGCUGGGUUGAGGUCCAUCUACAUAGGGCUCUACAGUUAUUGGACGAGGUGCUCCACACUAUGCCCAUAGACGGUCCUCGGACUAGCAUCGAGUAG